UCGAACCAGCAAAGUUAGUGUUUAGUUUGGCACAUUUGCGUAUAAUUUUCUCGUCAAAGCUAUAAUUGCAUAUAAUAUUGAAAUAAAAAUAAACGCGAAACAAAUUACAUUGAAUAUGGCCAGUGGAGCUGAGAAAACACAUCGCGCUCCACCAGCAGCUGGCGACCGAGACGACGAUGAGCAGGAACAAGCACAACAACUGCAGCAAGACGAUGAGAAUAUUAUGAACGAACAGCCAAUUGAGAUAAGCUCGGACUCGAGUCUCGGGGAUAGCGCGAGUGAAGCGCAUCUGGAUUCGGACAGUGAGAUAAGCAUUAUUGAUGACUCGCAGGAUGAUGUCGACGAUGAUAGCGAGGGCGAUUCACAAAACGAAGAACGGCUGCAGGAUGAGUUUGCAAUGAUAUUGGCGAUGCCAUUCAAGGAGCAUAAAUUGUAUAUGCAAUUGUGCCAUACGGCAUUCAAAAUCAAUGCGUUUGAGAACAUCAAUGUGGCGAUUAGCGCCUUCGAGAAGUACUCGACAAUUCCAGCGCACAUCUGGCUGCGCUACCUGAAGACCCUCAAGGCAGUGACCCAAACACCCGAGGAGCACGAGACUUACUAUUCCAAAUGCGCCACAGCCCUAAGCAGCUAUUAUGAUGAAAACCUGGCCGAGUUCAUACUAAAAGGUGUGGAGACGCUCCAUCCAACAGAGUUGUGGACCAACUUGCUCUGUGAUUAUGGCAUUGAACGUGGGGAUUUUAUGGUCAAAGUGCGUGGUUUACUCCAAGCAACUGAGAACAAAGAGCUGGAGCAAGCUUUGAGUGAGCAAUGCGUUGCAUGGAACUGCAGCGAGCAAGAGCUGAAGGAAAUGUCACAGAUCAUUGGCGACUUUAAGGCAAAGCUGAAGGAGAGAAGCGAGAAUUCGUCGUGGCUGCAGGAAAUGUUUCUGUUGCGUGUCGACACGUUGCCGGUGAGCAAACGCUGCAAAGUGUCGCUCGACAAAGUGAUCUACGAGCUGAGCCUGUGCAAGUGGGCAAGCAACAGCGAACUCUGGCUGGACUACAUUGCCUAUAUGCAGACACCGGUCGAUAAGGAGAGCGAAAAAAGCCAGCUGAAUUAUAUGAUCCUUAACGAUGGUUAUUUAAAGUGCAAACCAAUGGAGUUGAUACGACGUGCUUUGCUGGCAAUGCCAAGCAUUAAAUUGAAUCACAAGUUCUUGCAGCUAAUGGAACAACAUGAUUAUCCACUCGACAAGGUCGAUGCGGAGCUGGGACAGCUGUUUGCACGCAUCGAGCAGUACAUGGAGAUGACGGUGGAGCUGGAGCUGGACUAUUUGGCGUAUCGUGUGCGUCACAUACAGAUCGAUGUGGAGCAACAGGUGUCUGCUUUGCGUGCCGCCUUUCGCCAGGCAUGGAAUCGUUUGUCGGAGAAAUAUGGCGAGCUGGCGGACACUGGCUACGAGGUGCUGCAGCUGUGGGCGCUGGUUGAAUACGCCACUCUCAAAAGUCCCAACGAAGGCGCUGCCAUUUGGUCCGAGAUCUUCAGCUAUCCCGGCAGCAGCGAUCGCGUUGAUCUUUGGCUCGCUUGUGCCCAGAUGGAUGCCGAAUAUAACGGCGGACGCAAGAUACGCAGUCUGCUGCAACAGGCGCUGAGCACGCUGCCCGCUAAUGUUGUGGGCAUUAGUGAUCUGUAUCGGCGCUAUGAACGUUGCUUUGGCAACUACGAAACCAUCGCCCAGUGUCAGGCGUAUUGCACGGAAAUCCAGCUGAGCAAUCAUGUGUCGGCGCCACAGCGCAGCACAACGUUUGCCCAAGGCAGACGUCAGCCAGUGCAGCCAAAAACGGCGAACAAGAAGCAUUUCGCAGGCGGAGCAGGAGGAGGAGCUCAAUCACCGUCUAGCAAAAAGUUGAAAAAGGAUUUGCCAGCGCACAAGAAGCAACCACCGCCGCCGCCACCGCCAGCAGCAGCUGCACCGCCAGCGCCUAUUAAAAAAGAAACAUUUGAAACGAAACCAGCCAACUUUAAGUACUCAACCACUUUGGAGACUAACAAGAUAUUCGUUAAGAACUUGCAUGCGGGCUGUACGCAACAGGAGCUAACCGAGGCAUUCCAAGGCUAUGGCCACAUCAAGGAUGUGCGUCUCGUGUUCAAGCAGAAUCAGCGGUUCAAGGGCAUUGCGUACAUUGAGUUUGAGCUGCCGGAGCAGGCACAAAAGGCCGUCGACGGCGCCAAUGGAUUGGAGCUGGGCGGAUUGCCGAUUUCGGUUGCCAUCUCAAAUCCGCCGCCAAAGCCAAUGUCAGCAACAGCUGCCGCCGCACCCAAAGUGGGGGAAAAGCGUCGCAUGCCCACAACUCUGAUACCCACAAAAUUGGUAAUGCUCGAGGCGAAGCGUCGCAAGAAACUCGAUUUGGAUGAGGCAACGGCGUCUGCCACAUCAUCAACAGCAUCAUCAGCGGAUGCCAAUGGCAAAGCCAACAUCGAUGACGAAAAAGAAAAGGAACAGAAGGAGGUCUCGAAUGCGACGACGACACCAAAGUCCAACGAUGACUUUCGCAAGCUCUUUAAUAUCUAAGUUAAAUCUACAAAAUUAGUUUUCUAAGCUCUUUCUUUCGCACGCCAACUGCUUCUUCAAUGUUAGAAAUCGAAUUGAAGCAGACAAUGAAAAUUGAAUAAUUUGAAUUUUCGAUCUUUUGAAAUACGUAUAGUUUGAUGCAUGCUUUUUGUGUUGGUUGUCUUCUUUAUUUUUUAUUUUUUUUGGCUAAACUUUUGCAUGAAACUUGUACAUAAUAAAAACAAAACUGUAUUAAUGUAAACGCAAAACAACAAAAACAAUUGAUGAAUGUACAA